AUUCUAAGGAAGCUGUAGUCUCUACUGAUUCACAUUUGCAUUCAUUACUCUAAAUAUGUCACUAAAAAGUUUCAUCGGGAACCAUCUAGGAUCCAGAGUUCUCUGGUGAGCUGUGAGCUUGAUAUACUCAAGUGAGGACACAACCUUCUAUCGGCAGAGGAACAGCAGAAAGGAAACUCCCUCAGCAUCUGCAUGCCUGGAGCUACUGCCCCCUUCUUGUUAUUCCCCUCCUUACAGCCAGGGGGAACUACACACAUCACUCAACAUGAACAGAUGUUCUGUGGCGACCUGCCAUCGCCUCAAGUGAGCCUAUGGUGGAUGUCAUCUCCCCAAUGAAUCAACAUAACCCGCUCUCGGUCCACGAUGUGAGGGUUUCCCAUUUGGUCUCAGCGACAACAGGAUUUUAAUUAUGGCCACCAUCCCAGGCCUGCGAACUGGUGUGAUCGAACUCUAAAGCCGCCCACUGUGGGAGACCUCUGGGUGAGCUGAAGUUGGAGCAGUAACUCUUUAACAUGAGAUCAGCCAGCAGCCCUGCCUGUCUUUGCCCUCUGCUGCUGUGCCUGUGUGUGAUCCAGAGGAGCCACGGGACGCCUUCCCCAACCAGUUCCGUUAGACCCACACUGAGCCACAACCAGUCCAAACCGGUCGACGUAGAGAAGGAUGCGCACCAUCGGCCCAAAAGAGGCUGGAUCUGGAAUCAGUUCUUCGUUUUGGAAGAGCACAUUGGUUCGGAAGCGCAGUACGUUGGGAAGUUACACUCAAACUCAGACAAAGGUGAUGGCUCAGUCCAGUAUCUCCUCUCUGGAGAAGGUGCCGGUACCAUAUUCGUAAUCAAUGAGAUGACAGGCGACAUUCAUGCUAAGAAAAGUCUGGACAGAGAAAAGAAGAGCCAUUAUGUUCUCCACGCUCGGGCCAUCGACCGCUUCACCAAUAGAGCUGUGGAACCUGAGUCCGAAUUUAUCAUCAAGGUGCAAGAUGUGAAUGACAACGCCCCCAAGUUCCCAGACGGACCCUUUUCAGCCUCCGUGCCUGAGAUGGCAGACAUCGGAACUUCAGUAUUCCAAGUCACUGCCACAGAUGCCGACGACCCCACAUAUGGAAACAGUGCCAAGAUUGUCUACAGUAUUCUACAAGGGCAGCCUUUCUUCACUGUUGAUCCCAAAAGUGGUGUCAUCAGGACUGCGUUGCCAAACAUGGACAGAGAAUCAAGAGAGAUGUACUCGGUCAUCAUCCAAGCCAAAGACAUGGCCGGAUCUGUAGGGGGUCUGUCUGGAUCCACCACCGUCAACAUCACACUAACCGAUGUCAAUGACAAUCCACCCAGAUUCUCACAAAAGAACUAUCAGUUGUACGUGCCAGAAUCUGCUCAGGUAGGAAAAGCUGUUGGGAAAAUCAAAGCGAACGAUGAAGACAUCGGCGUUAACGCUGAGAUGACAUACAAAAUCGCCAAUGAAGAAGGAGCCGCCAUGUUUUCCAUCUCCACUGACAGUGACAAAAAAGAAGGGGUCAUUUCCCUAAGAAAGCCUCUGGACUAUGAGAAGAAAAAGGCGUAUACCUUGAACAUAGAAGGUGUCAACACUAAUCUGGAUCCUCGUUUUUCUUACCUGGGACCUUUCAAAGACAUCACAACCCUAAAGCUCAUCAUUGGGGAUGUUGACGAAGCUCCAGUGUUUACUAUGGACUAUUAUAUCAUGGAUGUGUAUGAGAACGCUCCAGCUGGCACAGACGUUGGCACGGUAACUGCUCAAGACCCGGACAGCACCAGAAGCAAAGUCAAGUAUCUCAUUGACCAGAAUACUGAAGGUGAUACACUUUUCAGCAUUGAUGCCAGCAGUGGACUCAUAAAAACUACCAGAAGUCUAGACAGAGAAGAGGCUGCCUGGCAUAACGUCACUGUGAUGGCUUCAGAGAUUGACAAUCCAAAUCUGGUGAGCUUUGUACCAGUGACAGUGCAGGUGUUGGAUAUCAAUGAUAAUGCCCCUUAUAUUGCCACAGACAGCGCUCUCAUCGUGUGUGAAGGCUUCAAGGCAGGCCAGGUUAUUCAGACCAUCAGGGCAACAGAUAAGGACAACUUUGCCAAUGGCCAGUUCUCAUUUGCUUGGCCAGAAGACCUUCCAGUGAAUCCAAACUUCACUCUGAAGGACAAUGAAGAUAGCAGCGCGAGCGUGUUGGCACGCAGGCAAGGCUUCAGCCAGGCGGAACAAGAGCUGUACCAGCUGCCGGUGGUUGUGUGGGAUGGAGGAGAGCCACUUCUCAGCAGCACCAGCACACUUACGCUCAGGGUGUGUCCAUGCCAGCGUGGGGCCAGAGCUCCUGUAUGCAGAGCUCAAGCGUUCCUGUCCUCGGCUGGUCUCAGCACUGGAGCUCUCAUCGCCAUCCUCCUAUGUGUUCUCAUCCUUCUGGCCAUUGUGGUUCUGUUUAUCACUCUGCGUAGUAAGAAGAGCAAAAAGGAGCCUUUGAUCAUCUCGGCGGAGGACAUUAGAGAGAACGUGGUGACAUACGACGACGAGGGUGGAGGCGAGGAAGACACCGAGGCCUUUGACAUAGCAGCACUGAGGAACCCCGCGGCAGCCGAGGAGAUGAGGCUAAGAAAGGACUUUCAGUCGGAAUUGUGGAGGGCUAUGAGUUCAGAGGUCCUCAGCCCAUCUUUGACCCUACCAGAUGAGGACAUCCACGAUGUGAUUAAACUGAAAGUGGUUGAGGCCGAUCGGGAUAUGAGCGGGCCUCCGUACGAUUCUCUUCAAACGUAUGCCUACGAGGGCCGUGGUUCCACUUCUGGUUCGAUCAGUUCUCUGGACCUGCCUGAACCUCAGUCAGAUCUGGACCUCAGUCAGGUAGACAACUGGGGACCUGAGGUACAAAUACUCAGCAGACUCUUUCAAGAGAAAGGCAACCAGCACACCCCGUAAUGGCUGUGCAUGUUUGUAAACCAAGAAGUCGCGUGUUGUUUUCCUGUUGUCUGGUCAAAUGGGACUACAGUCAAACUUUUUUGUCAUCCAGUUUUACUGUGGGAUUAUAUGGCUGUUGUUUUUCACUGGCCUCUUCAAGUGGAAGAAAGUAAGUUGAUUUUUAAAGUAAAAGUUUAAAAUUGAGAAAAAAAAUUCAGAACUCAUAAAGGAAGCUAUUUUCCCUGGUGUAUAUUUUCUAUUGCUUAAUAAAAUUCAUGAUU